CAAGGGAGAGUAGGAGCUUUUAUAAGCCUCACAGGAUUGCUCUGUUGUCGAACUGUGUCCAUGGAAUUAUCCUUAUCACUGCUUAUUGCACCUUGACUUUUUGGAUUUUGUUCCUUGGCUCUUGAAAAACAGCACAGGUCUGUGUGUUUUGUAUAACUCAACUUGUUGAAUACCAGCACCCUGCCCUCUGCAAGGAGUGCUCAGUGUUCAAGGUUCAGGAAGAUAACGAUAGGUGAGUGGCUGACGCAUAGCUGGUGUUGUGUUACUAAGGGCUAUCAGAUUACAGUAGACUGCAGCCUGGGUGAAACUGUAGCUGUAUUCAGACCGCUGUUGCUCGGACAAACCAGGAACUGGGACUAACAAAGGAGUUUUAAAGAAUCUAACGGAGGCUUCCUUUUUAAGAAGAGUGUUACCAUGGGUAAGAAGACACAACACUGGUUGCUGCUUUUGCUGUGUUUGUCAGGACUUUUUCACUACUCCGGUGCCUUGGUGUUUUGGACAGCCAGAGUGGAAAUAAAAUAUGUUAACAGCACCAAUGAUCCUGUGGAUAAAACCUGCGAGUGUGGGGUGUUUGGUUCUGACUCUAUCCUGGAGCCAGCCUCAGGCAUUGUUACGCUUCCCAAGGGAGACCCCAAAGGCUGUGGCUCAGAUCCUGUCUACAACCCCAGCAACAGCUCCGUGCCCUGGAUAGCCCUGGUAAAAAGAGGCAACUGCACCUUCAGUGAAAAGAUCAAUGCUGCCAAACGUCAAGGAGCUUCUGGUGUGGUGGUGUAUAAUGUGGACAACAAUGGCAACACUCACAUGUCACACCCAGAAGGAGAAGGCAUUGUGGCCAUUAUGAUUGGCAACUCUCAGGGAAUGGAAGUUGUUAAUUUGGUGAAGAAUGGGACAGUUGUGGAGAUGUUCAUUGAUAUAGGCAGCCCUCACGGACCCUGGAUGGACACAUACUGGCUUUACUUCCUGUCCAUCGCCUUCUUCAUUGUGACAGCAGCCUCCAUCGCCUACUUUGUAUUCAUAUCUGCAAAUCGUCUCUACAAUUUGAAUAGGCACAGGCGCUCUGAAAAGAAGCUAAAGUCUGAAGCUAAAAAGGCAGUCGGGCGUCUACAAGUACGCAAACUCAAGUCAGGGGAUGAAGAAACUAACUCUGAGUCCAACAUGUGUGCUGUGUGUCUUGAAUCCUACAAGACAGGGGAAAUGGUGACAGUGCUAACGUGUGAUCACAUCUUCCACAAAUCCUGCAUCGAGCCCUGGUUGCUGGAGAGGAGGACCUGUCCCAUGUGUAAGUGCGACAUCCUGAAGGCCCUGGGAGUUGAGGAGGAAACUAAAGAGAGCCUUUCUGCUGAGUCACCACCAGAGGUCACUGUAAUCACAGUGACGGGAGGAGAUCCCCUGUACGAAGUCCCACUGACUGACCCAAUGAGCCCUGACCCAGAGAGACUUCAGCAUCACUAUGACAACAGGGCCUUCGAGGGAGACUCUGAGGCUGGAAGAAGAUGAACAACAAUGGAAACAGAGCAGCAACCAACUGGGACAUAGUCAAAUUCCCUGCUUGAAAUUUCUUCUGGGAUAAACUGAACCAGCACAAUGGAAUCAAACAUUAAUGUUCCUACGGCAGAAACAAUGUUCAUCUUGUAAUGCAGGCAUACUUUAAUAUAUUUUCAAAAGAAAUUCCCAAGGAUUUAAAAUGGUAAUGGACCUUGUGUAAUUAGCUGGGCCCUGCAUUCUCUUGGGGUAUGUCUGGGUGUUUCACAAAGUGACCUUGAGAUGGUUAGAAUUGAUUCUCGAAAACUAAGUAGUUGUGGAGUGAUGCUGGUGUCAAAUUACUGCUUUGCAUAGUAAACACACCAGCUCGACACUGACCAGGGAGGAAGUGCAUUUGAGGAUUUGAAUAUCUUAUUGACCAAAUAGCCAAAUUGUCUCUAACACUUGUUGGUUCACAUUGCUUACAUUCCCUCCCAAUUGACCAUUGCCCUCAAAUUCCCUGCAUGAUUUAUGUCUAUUGAAUAAUUUGGGCUAUUUUCUGUUCUAUUUUAAAUUGCAGUAUGUUUUUUUUUUUUUCCAUUUUCAAUGUUGGGAUGUCCGGCUGGAUUUAAAACACACUCAUAUGAAUACACUCAUUACAGGAAAUACAGUAUGACACACACUGCACUGCGAUGAGUCAAAAACAUGAGGGGCCAGGAGCGUUUGACAUGUAUAAAUCCUUUAGUUUGUUGGCAACUUUUGAUAAUGUUGCAAUGCUGUAAAUGUCUAACAACUUUAGAUGAUAUUCUUACAGGAAAUGACUGUCGGAUAUGGGCAAUUGUGUUAUGGGUUUUGAAAUUUUGCAGGUUGAAAUGUAUUUAUCAAUCAUGUCAAGUUCUGUAUAGGCUACAUUUAGGUUAAUACAUAAUUUAUGUAGAGUCAUUUUCUUCUCAAAACAGCUGAUUUGAAUGUACAAGCACACAUGGUUGUUCUUGAAUAGGUCUUCCAUGUUUUUCUUUUGGAAAUAUCUGGAAUGUUGUUUAAUCAUGUACUCUGGUCUACCUCUGAACCAUCACAUGUGUACAUUAUGGAACAGCUCUUUAGAUCCUUGCAAUUCCACGAUUAAGUGUGUCCCUCUGUCAAUUAAAAAGCAAAAGGAUUGUUUAUUUUUUUGCUGGUUGCUGGCACACAAUGUAUUUUUCUAUAUUGAAUCAUUAUUACUACUGUUUGACAGAUUCCAGGAGUCUUAAAUUGUUCUGUAAAAAUGAAUAGUACUUGCUGUAUUACAUCACAUUGAUACUUAUUAGAAUACAAUAAAUCCCUCAAAAUGAG